AUGGAUUCCACAGAAGCCUCGGUUACCGAUUUGAAUAAUAAACUGAGAGAAGAGGAUGAUGACAACACCGCAGCUAACGGAGAUCAGAAGAAGGAGCCUGCUUGUUUCUCAUCUGUGAUUCCUGGGUGGUUCUCCGAGAUGAGUCCCAUGUGGCCAGGAGAGGCACACUCUUUGAAAGUUGAGAAAGUUUUGUUUCAAGGGAAAUCAGAUUACCAGGAUGUCAUUGUUUUCCAGUCUGCGACAUAUGGAAAAGUGUUGGUUUUGGAUGGAGUAAUCCAACUUACGGAGAGAGACGAAUGCGCUUAUCAGGAAAUGAUCACUCAUCUUCCUUUGUGCUCUAUUCUUAACCCAAAGAAGGUUAACUAA